UUCCUAUCGAUAAAUCGUAUUCGAAAUGCGGCAUUUGCAUUAUUAUUUUUGGGACCUCACGGGGAAAUAAUAAAUCUAAUAUUCUUUCGAAGAUGACAAAGAUUGAACGAAGCAUUCCGAGUUUCAACAAAAGACACAGAAACCACGACCACGGGGGCUUGUCUCGUCAUGGACCCCACCCUCUAUUCAACCACACUUCACUUGGAGAGAAACCAGAGCAUCCUCGUUGGCUUCUUCUUUUUCUCCUUUUUAGAACCCUAAUCUUCCUUGUCAGAAUUAUCAAACAAGAGAGAGAGAGAGAGAGAGAUGGUCAUACUAACUUCAUCUUCUUCAACCCCAAACACAUCCAUUGAUCUCAUGAAGAACAUCACUCGCACCAACAUUAACCACUUCCCUUCUUACUUGAGUAGCAAGGAAGGUGCUCUCGCGCACAAGAAGAUCAUUCAACCGACCAGAACCUUGAUCGGCGUUCCGACCAUUGUCAAUCCUGACGACGUUCCUCCUAUGAACGGUUUCCAUACCCCGAAAAUCCCGAAAAAAGAUCCGGAAGAUGCAGAGAUCGGCGUUUUUGGAGCAGAGAAGUACUUCAAAGGUGACAUGGAUCAUCCAGACAGCAACAGUCCUAGACUUGUGUCUCUGUCCAGCUCAGAGGUUUUAAGUCAGCCGAGGAGCGAGAGGAUCAUCCUUGAAUCGAAGCUAAGCUCGAAGAAAUCCACACGGACUCCUAGCCUUCGUUCUGAAUCCAGCUGGAACAGCCAGAGCUUGUUGCUGAAGAACAGAUACAGGAAGAACUCGAGCUGCAGUUCCUUGCGGGGCAAGAAUACUAUUCCAAAGGCGAGCAAGAGGAGUUUUCUGGCCAAUCUCGGGUGCAAAUGCAUCUGUUCUGACCGGAAUUCAGUCGAUGUGAACGAAGAUAGCUCGCCGAAGCAAAAUUCUGAUCUGGGUUUCCUGGUCCAAGAAAUGGCGCCCCGAAAAGUGCUGAGAUCGCCAGCGAGAAAGAUUGAAACCGAGCUGAGUUUCUCCACAAAUCUCGAGCCGAAAUUUCAGCAGCAAGAAGGAGAGAUAAUCCAGAGGAAGUCUUUGGAAGUUUUCGGGUCACCUAUUCUGGAAAAGAGGAGCAUCCAGAAGAAACUAGCAGUGCUUCCAUGGGAUUCAAGCUCGACAAGAACAGAAGAACGCGGUUUCUUUUCAAAGUACACAGAUGAAAAUGAUAGCGGGAGUGAGGUAAGUUCAGAUUUUUUCGAGAUAGGAAGCCUGACUGGGAAACCAAAACCCUGCCUUGCAAAGCAAGAAAGCGAUCCAGCCUCACCGACAGGUUAUGCCCCUAGCGAGGUAAGCAUACAGUGGAGUGUAGUGACAGCCAGUGCAGCGGAUUUCUCGGUUAUGUCUGAAUGUGUAACAAGUCCUGUCAGACACAAAUCACUUCAGAUUCCUAAAAUCCCAAACCCGAAAUCAAACCAAGAAACAAGACAGAGACGAAAAUCCAGCAGCGGGCUCCUGCUGGGAUGCAAGAGUCAUAAAUCUGUAAGAGUUUCUGGUGAUUCUUACAGGAACAUGAACACAACACCCAGUUAUGUUCCAAGGUUCCCAACAGAAGCAAAGAGGAGGAUGAGUGGCAGUUCGGUUUCUCACUCUCAGUCACCAGGGACGGCUUCACAUCUUCUGUUCAUUUAAGUGAUGCUUUUCAGUUCUAGCUCUCCUGUCUGUAUAUGCAUUUUCAGUUUGCAUGUGUGUGUGCUGUAAGUGAGGAUUUCUGUACUACAAGUGUAAUAUGAUGAACCCGAUGGUAAAAAUCUCAUGAAUUCUUGUUCCUAGAAACUAUAAUCAGACCAAAUGAAUGGGCUGAA